AUGGACUCUUCAUUAGAAUUCAAGAGGGUCAUGAGCCUUGUGGGUGCCCUAGCCCUUUUCACUAUUUUUUUCAUUCCACUUCCUACUCAUGCUUCCCCGGCAGAAGCCCAAGCCCUCCUCAAGUGGAAGUUUUGUCUUGGUAACCAUUCGGUUACUUCCCUCUCUUCAUGGACUCCCUCUCCUCAUCAUGCCACUAGUUCCAACUCGAUCAUGAGUCCGUGUGCUUGGUAUGGCAUCUCCUGCAAUCAGGCGGGGAGCAUAAUCGGGAUAAAUCUCACUAGUGCUUAUGUUGAAGGUACGCUCGACGAAUUCCCAUUCUCUUCUUUGUCUCAUCUCAUGUACAUGGAUUUGGGUAUAAAUAAUCUCUAUGGCCAUAUUCCGCCUCAAAUCGGUCUCUUGAGUAAUCUCAUCUAUCUCGACCUCUCUUUCAAUCGGUUCUCGGGGAAAAUACCACCAAAGAUCAGCCAUCUAACGAAACUAGAGGUCUUGCACCUGGUUUCCAAUGAGUUAAAUGGAUCCAUUCCCCAAGAAAUCGGACAAUUGCAUUUGCUCAAUGAGGUCGCGCUGUAUUCGAACCAGUUGAAUGGAGCCAUACCUUCCUCAUUAGGUAAUUUGAGCAAAUUGGCUACACUGUAUAUCUACAACAACUCCCUUUCUGGUUCUAUUCCUCCUGAAAUGGGAAAUAUGACAAAUUUGGAAGUGCUCCACAUGGACACCAACUUCCUAACAGGACCGAUUCCUUCCACUUUGGGGAACUUAACCAAAUUGAUAGAACUACACCUAUUUGCUAAUGAGCUUAUUGGUUCCAUCCCACUGGAGCUAGGGAAUUUGAAUCGUCUUAAUGAGUUGAUCCUUAAUGAAAAUAAUCUUACGGGUUCAAUCCCACCAACAUUAGGCAAUUUGACCAGCUUACCUCUCUUUAUCUCUACGAUCCUUAGGGGAUCUAGUGAACUUAGAGGUGCUGCAAUUGGAUACCAACCGGUUAAGCGGCUCCUUACCAGAGAACUUGUGCCGAGCCUGGAAGUUCUGGAUUUAAGCAACAAUAAGAUAGAGGAUAAGUUCCCGGCAUGGCUGGGAAAACUGCCAAGGCUAAAAGUUCUUAUUUUGAGGUCCAACAAUUUUAAGGGUUUCUUAGAUUUUCCAAGGGUAGCUCAUCUCUUUCCCAAGUUGCACAUUUUGGAUCUCUCGAACAACGACUUCGUUGAUCCUUUACCAACCGAUUUGAUAGCAAAACUUCAAGGGAUGAUAAAUGGAAAAAAUGCACAAGAGCUGCAAGACAAAUCAUUAUACAUGACGCAGGAACUUGGACUUGGAAUGGGGUUCUAUGAAGAUUCCAUCAAUGUGAUCAUGAAAGGAAGAGAGAUUCGGCUAGAGAGGAUCCUGACCAUCUUAACAACCAUCGACUUAUCACUCAACUCUUUUCAAGGGAAUAUCCCGAGUGUCAUUGGAAAUCUUCAUUUUCUCAAAGGGCUCAAUCUUUCCUACAACCACCUCAUGGGUUCCAUUCCUUCAACUCUUGGAAAUUUGACUAACCUUGAAUGGCUAGAUUUAUCUUCAAACAAGCUUAGUGGGAGGGUUCCUAGAGAACUAGGAGAUUUGUCAUUUCUUGGGUGUUUGGACCUCUCAAGGAACCAACUCGUAGGCCCCAUACCUCAAGACAAGCAACUGAGCACAUUCACAAGCGAUUCAUUUCGUGGAAACCCAGGCUUAUGUGGAACUCCAUUACAAAUCACUUGCCGCAGUGAUGCUCGGCCUCCUCCAACAUCACAAUCGUUCUUCCAAGGGGAUAGUACAAGAGAGCAUGGUGGUGGUUUUGAUAGGAAAGUGGUUGGCAUAGGUUUUGCAUCUGGAAUCGUCAUUGGAAUAUCCAUAGCAUACAUUUUAUGUGAAACUGGAAGACCCAAAUGGCUUGUGAGAGAAGUGAGAAGGAUGGAGAGAAGAGCCAAAUUGAUGAAGAAGCCAAAGUGGAAGGCCAUCAAAUUUCAUGGAGCCCGAUGA